AAUUGUAAAAUAUAUUUCGAUUACGUCACCACAUUCCCACGGCAUGUUGCUCCUCCCAUUUUCCUUGACGUCACACGUCGUGCCAACGCGGUCCCCCUGGGUUGCCAUAACGACGACGCUACUACUCUCCUACUCUCUGGAUCACAUUUCUCGUUCACGGCGCGGAUACACCAUUUGGACUCGUGCUUUGCUAAAUACAGAUAUAAUGGCUCAGUGUUGUGUGUGAUUGUGGGACGACGCUGGUCGGAGUCUAUGUUAGUGGUGACCAAGCCUGUCCGUUCAUCCCCCAAAAUCCGAUCCUGCUUCGUUUUGAUCCGUGAAGCAACAACCAGUGAAUCCUUGACAAUGUGCCGUCCCCUUGCAUAAUGGAAACCGUGAAGGAAGUGGACCAGGAUGGUGCGGAGGAGUCCGAGGAGAACGGUCUAGCAGAGGAGGACGUCUCUUACAUGGUAGGCCUACUACAGGACAUGAGCGACGAGUACUCCAUGAAGGAACAGGAUCCGUGUGAUCUCUACGACUCCUCUGAUUGGGACGAGGCUGUCCAUGGUUGGAACAGAGUCUCUGCACUGAGCUGCAUGUUUCUCCCUGCGAGAAACUGUAGGAGAACCAAGAGCGACGAGCAGGACCCCCACUGUCUCCUGUGUGUCGACAUCAGGCCCCUGGAGGCCCUCACCCCGGACUGGCCCCCUGAGUUUGACCCAGAGUCUGAUGGGAAUCCCCAGGAGAGUGACGCCACAGUGUCAGGUACCCAGAAAAAACUCUACAACACGACAGUGGGGUCUUCCCCACUGAAGGAGGCCCACCAGAACCACCUUGUCCUCGGGGACAAGAUGGCCGACGACACAGAAGUCCCAAGAGAGGUCCUCCAGCCAUUGCUGACUGACUACCUGUAUCAAGACUACCUAUGUUCUAAAGACCCGGCGCUGAUGAGCCUCCAACCAGACCUGGGUAAUCCCAUCAACAGCUUCACAGUGUUGCCCCCUCUAAGAGCACCCCAGUUGGCUUCCCAAGGAGUUGUCCGGCAGGUCUGCGUCAGGGAGAGCCUCGCGGGAGGCGGAUCCGCCGCAGGAGGGAGCGCGGAGACGGGCGGUGUGGUGGCGCCCACGGCAGCCAGGGAGGGCAGAGGUGUGAAGAGAACAGAGGAAACAGGAGGAGCCGACACGCUGACAAACACGGAGCCGACUAAGGACACCCACAGGCCGAGCGCUCCACCCAAAGGCAUGUAUUGUUGUCACUCUCAGGAAAAAAAACGGCAUUUGCUCUCCACUUACACUCUGCCCAUUCUAAAGAGGUACAGUGUGCCUCUGGGCAAAAUAACUGACACCAUGCACCGGACUACAGUCUCCUUAGGCCAGCAUUUGAGGCAGGCCGUGCGGACUGGCAGUGAGUACAGCCGGCACGAAAGAUCCCCCACUCCACAGCUGCCUGUUCUUUUUGGGACCAAGGUCCCAAUAGUGGUUUCCAGCCAAAGACCGCUUUGAAUACACACUCCCCUCGCUAUGCAUGUGCAAAUAAAAAUAGCAAAGAGGAUCUAUGAUUUUCUUAUUUGGUAAGUCACGAUAAUGAUUGAUGUAUUAAUAUUUAACUUCAUGACAGAAUCACAGCAGAUUUCAUCUUAUUUGUGUCUUAAAAGUUAUAAAAAUAUGUUAUUAAUAAACUCAUGGCAGGUGUGUCAGUGUUACACUAUCCCAGGUUUUUUUUGGUGUUCAAACCCAUGUGGAUAGAUGUGUCUUUAAUAUGGUUCCUAAAUAAUUCCAUCAAAUGUAUGUUCUAGUUGUCCGGCAACGAUGGCUGCUGCCUCAAAGCCAACAACCUUAAUUUGUGUUAGAGGCUGUGGCUAUAAUGUUAUACACAUGAUGGUCUUAACUUAGUCAAACCUCCUUUUUUUAUCCAAAUAAACAUCGGAAACCAUGAAACUA